AUGGCGUCCGCCGACGUUCUGUCUCCGUCUCCCGGAGGUGGCGCGAUCGACGUGUCUCGCCUUGCAAACUUCCUCUCGUUGCCCGAGGACGUCGUAUCUUCAUUUGCUAGCAACACAGAAGAUUACAUUACCUCCGUACUCAGAUCACUCGACGAGAAGUCACGGCAACAUGACAAUCUUCGCGCCGACGCUCUGCGUAUUGAAGUCGAGUUAGAACAGGCUGUGAGAACGGCCGAUAGUAGGGUCAAGGCUAUGAAAACCCAACUGGAUUCAAGUUUGGCCGAAACUCAGGAUCUCAGAGCGAAACUCAAUGCUUCAGAGUCUACACGCAUUUCAAUAGAAACAGAGUUCUCGGCUUAUAAAUCCUCGAGGUCAGACGUCGAUGAAGAGGUCCGUGUUCUCAAAAUACGUGUUCAGUCUCUCGAGUCCGACAAACGGGACACCCUGGACGCUCUUGACCGCAAGUCAACCGAUUAUGACCGUCUUCAGGAUGAAUACGCUGCUGCGCAAUCUAAGGCAAUUGAAACCCGCCGCGAAGCUAGCGCUCUCGAAACUCAAUUGCAGCAGGCGCAAUCCGCGCAAACAACUGCAAAAUUCAGGGAGCAGAGCCUCGCCCAGGAAGUUGAAUUGCUUAAGAAAAACAAUGAAUGGCUCGAUGGCGAACUUAAGACUAAGGUUAGCGAAUUCCAGAAGUUCCGGAAGGAGAAGGCUGCGCAGGUAGCCACUCUUCAGCGGGAACUGGACGAUGCUUUAGCUUCUGAUAAUAGCACCAAACGCAGCAUGGAAAUAUUGAAACAACGAUUCGAGGAGGUUAGCAAGAAGGCUCAGGAUGCUUUAGCCAAGGUGCAGGAACUUCAAAAUCAAGAAUUACAGCGCGAGGAGAGCUUUAGCAACGAAAUGAAUUCACAGAAGAGGCUUGCUGAGCUCUUUGAACAAUCCAACAAAAAGGCUAGAGCUAGAAUCGCCGAAUUGGAGCAAAUUAUCGAGCAGGGGCAUGAGCAGGAUAGUAUCGAACUUGGUCGUGCCCGUGCAGAGGCGGAAACCGAGCAAACCGAGCGACAUGCUGCCGAGAGAAGAGUUGCUGAGUUGGAAGUACAGGUGGAGCGAUUGGAGGCUGAGCUUUCGACCUAUGCUGCCGGUGGCUUUAUCGUUGAUAAUGGUGCUGGUUCUCGUCGUGGAAGUAUGAAUGGAAGCCAAACGCCUACUCGUCGUCCCGGAUCUGCCAUGGGUACUCCUGGUGGCCUUGGUUCCCCAGCUGCUGCAAGACUUCAAAAAUCAGGACUUUCUAUUACCCAGCUUUACUCUGAUUACACUGCCAUGAAGGCUAGCUUUGAAGCGGAGAAGAGGAGGAAUUCAAAGUUGGAGGAGGCUAUAAAUGACUUGAUGCAAGAUUUAGAACAUAAAGCUCCGGAGAUCCAGGAGCUUAGAGAGGAACAUGAUAGGCUUCAGAAGGAUCUAGUUGAGAUGAGUUUGUUAUGUGAGGAUGCAGCAAAGGAGAAGGAUAAGACAAAGAAGGAGGCUAGGCGGUUAGAGGCUAAGAUUGCAGAGCACGAACGGGAAAGUACUGUUCUCCGUCAACAACUUCGCGAUCUCAGUAGCCAAGUCCAGGUCCUUCUUGUUGAGAUCGAGCACCGGGAUUCUGGUGCUGACCCACUUACGGUCGCGCAGAAUCGGGUAUUUGAGCAGAUUGUCAGCGGGGAAAUGGCAGAAGGAAGUGACACGGAUACAGAUAGAUUGAUCUCACAGAGACUGACCGUAUUCCGAGGUGUGAGGGAAUUACAGGAGCAGAACGAGCAUCUUCUCAAGGGUAUCCGGGAACUGGGCCAAAAGAUGGAGAGAGAGGAAGAGCAGCGAAGGCAGAACGAGGCGGGUAAAGAAGGACAGGAGAUCGCUCAUCUCAAGAGUGUGGUAGAGAGACUAAAGGACGAACUUAAGACUCUUGGCACUAAAGCUCAGUCAUUCCUCCGUGAACGUGACAUGUUUAGACGCAUGCUACAGAAUAGAGAAGGCCCCGUUCAACAACAGGAAGAGGAGGCACCAAAGGCACCAGAAUCUGAUGCUGGCUCCCAGGCUCCACAAGUCAAUUUGGGUGAGGUCAUCAGGGAUCUCCAGAGCCAGUACGACCAGUUCAAGACUGAAGCUUUGGAAAACCACAAUACAUUGAAUGAGCAGGCUCGACGACUGGCCGCGGAGAAGGCGGAGCUUGGAAUGCAAUAUGCCAGAGCAAACUCACAACUAGAGUUGGCGACCGAACGAUAUGAGAUGCUUAACGGAAAUUUCCAUAUGCUGAAAGAAGAAAAUGACCAGCUUCGAUCACGCAUCAGCAGUAUGGGUGAGAACCAUGCCAAGCAAGAUCUCAAGACUCAACAGGUUGCCGAAGAACUCGUCGAUUGUAAAUCUCUCAUUGAGGGUAUGCGAACCGAGAAUGCCAAUCUUAAAGCCGAGAAGACGUUGUGGAAGAAUAUUGAGCAGCGCCUUGCUCAAGACAAUGAGGUUCUCACACAAGAGCGCGCUCGUCUGAAUGGCCUUAUUGCCAAUCUUCAGUCAAUCCAGAGUGAACGAGAACGUGCCGACUCAGAAACCCGUAGACGACUUAUGAGUCAGACCGAGAAAAUUGAGAACGAACUCCAGCAAACGAAACGCAGACUCAACGAGGAGGUCGAGGAGGCGAAGAAACUCGUUAUUAGAAAGGAGAUUGACGCAAGGGAGUCGCAGAAGAAGAUUGACGAACUCAAUGCCGCAAUGGCAACUACUAGAGAGAAUCUCGUCGCUGCAAAGACCAGCCAGGAUCAUCUGCAAACCAGAGUCAACGAGUUGACUGUUGAGCUGAAGACAGCGGAAGAGAAGCUGCAGGUUUACCAGCCCAAGCCAGAUGCACCUGUGCCAACUGAGGAGGAGGAUGAUGACAUGGAGAUCAGGGAACAAGAAUUACAAGUAGAGGUUGCGGAGCUGAAGAGGGCGCUUGAGUUUACCCGGGAAGAGUUGGAGAACGUUAAGACCCAGGUCGAGCAGUACAAAGAGAUUGCCCAGGGUGCCGAGGAAGAGUUGCAGAACAUGAAUGAUUCUCAUGAUGAAUACAAGGAGAGCAUGGAGCAACAACUUACCGAACACCAGACCAAGAUUAAAGAUCUGGAGCAGAGGCUCGCAGAUACCCUCUCUGAACUUUUGUCUGCCAAUCGGGAGCUCGCCCAAUUACAACAGAAAGAGGUUGAGCAAGGUCGGGAGUUUGAGAACGAGAAGAAGAUUCUUCAAGCCCAGAUCGAGGGUCUUAAGGAAGAUCUUGUGAAGAAGGACGCAGCGGCUGUGUUUUACCAGGAGGAUCUACGAAGUCAAGCCAAGAUUGCUCAGGACGCACAACAGAACUAUGAACAAGAGCUUGUCAAGCACGCCAAUGCUGCCAAGUCACUUCAACAAGUCCGCGAGGAAUACUCACAGCUGAGGACUGAGGUCCACCAGAUCAAGACUGAGGCCGAAUCUGCAAAGGCCAUGCUCUCCUCAUCUGAGACAAGCUGGGAGGCACAGAAGGACAAUUAUGAGAAAGAACUUGCUGAGGUGAAGAUACGUUGCGAUGACCUGGUCAAGCAGAAUAAGAUCUUGCUAGGCCAGCUUGACAACGUUACCGUACAGGUUUCAACUCUUCAGAAGAACCGUGCAACGGCUGAUGAGAUGGGCGAUUCAGCUGAACAUGAUGCGCUGGAUAAAAAGACUGAGGAUCUGAGAGAGGUCAUCAAGUAUCUUAGACGCGAGAAGGAAAUUGUAGAUGUACAGUACGAGUUGUGUCUACAGGAGAGUAAGCGGUUGAAGCAGCAACUUGAUUACUCUAAGGCUACUGUUGAUGAGACUAGGUUGCUGUUGGCACAGGAGAGGCAACGAGAGGCAGACCAACUUAGAGGAGUAACUCAACAUAAAGAGCUGAUGGAGAAGAUUUCAGAAUUGAAUCUGUUGAGAGAGAGCAACACUGCGCUGAGAAGCGAUGCAGAAAGAAAGGGAAGGAAGGUUGAAGAAUUGGAAAUGAAGAUUGGGGAACUCCGGGCGAAAAUUGAGCCUUUGGAAGAUCAAGUUAGAAAUCUAGAGGAGGAACGAGAACAGAAAGACAAGGAGAUUAAACUCUUGACCGAGCAUGGUGAACGCUGGCAGGCACGGGCUCAGCAGAUCCUUAAUAAAUACGACCGUAUUGAUCCCGCCGACCUCGAAACCCUCAAAGACCAGGCCAAGAGCCUACAGGAACAGGUCGAGGCCGUCACUGCUGAACGUGAUAAUCUCAAUACGACCCUGCAAGGUUUUGAGCUAGCAAAGCAAAGCGAGCUCAAGGAGGUAGCAGAAGUGUGGCGAAAGGUCGUUAUCGAUACUAAGCAGAAGUUCAAGGAAUCCAGGGAUGCCAGGGCACAACUCGAAACUGAGUUGGAAGGAAUGAGGGCACAGUUGACUCAGGCGGCUCAAACAAAUGGUAACUCGUCCAAAAAUAUCGACGAACUUCAGCAAAAGAUAGCGACCACGGAGAGACAAAUGGAGGCGCACAAGACCAAUGCCAAAAAACUAUACCUUGAAGUGCGCACAGUCAAGGAACAAUAUGACCAAGCACAACAGGAAAUCGCGGCUCUUAAAGCUGAGAAAGCGGCUACACCUGUCGCCCCUACCGCGCCGGUUGCUCCCAUUGCUAUUGCUGCACCCAUAAACAAUGAAGCGGCCAUCGAAGCCGAGGUGGCGAGAAGACUCGCGGCGAUUCCGCCUCCAGAUAUAUCUGCUGCUGUUGAGGCCGAGGUUAGAAACCGCAUGGCCCAAAUUGUACCUUCAGACAACACUGCAGCGAUUGAGGCCGCAGUUGCCCAGAGAAUUGCUCAAAUACCACCCCCUGAUAAUUCUGCCGCUAUCGAGGCUGAGGUUCAACGAAGGCUUUCUGCGGUUCCAGCUGGAGAUAACAUCGCUGCUACAAUCGAGGCCGAGGUUCAACGGAGAAUGGCUCUCAUCCCACCUCCAGAUAACACUGCCGCUAUCGAGGCAGAGGUCAACAGGAGAAUCGCGGAGAUCCAAGCCAGUCAACCCGUACAAACUGAAUCCGCCGUAGCGGCCCCUGCGGGCAAGACUGAUGAGGAAGUAGAGGCCAUAGUUCGGGAGAGACUUGCAGCUGAACAGAAGAAGGUAGAUGCACGACUCGCAAAGGCCCGUACCGACUUUGCUGCAUACAAGGCUACUGCAGUUAAAACAGCUCUCGAUGCCAAGAUAGCGGAGUUCAACGAACAGGUAGCGACAACAGAAGAAGAACACAAGAAGCAGAUUGCCCAGCUCCAGGCGACUAUCGAAGAGCUCAAGAAACAAAUUGCAACUUUGAAACAGCAAUAUGAACAAGUAAAAUCUGAGCUCGAGACUGCCAAGGCUACUGCUACAACCGUUUCCACUUCCUCUACUAACGAAGAAGAGCUAAGGAAGGCUCUGGAAGCAAAGGAAUUGGAACACCAACAAGCGAUUGAGAAGUUGAAGCAGGAAGAGCAGGCUAAAAUCGAAGAAGCCAAAACUGAAGUGACACACCAACUUCAGGCGGACUUCCUAGCCCGUAACACUGAGCCAGACGCGACAAGGAAACCGCCACCAACUAAGGAGGAGCUGACUGCAAUCAUCAAAAAGAAUGUUGAGCACCGUUUAGUCAAGGAGAGAGCAAAGUGGGAAGCACAAGUUGAGGCUGAAAGAGAGAAACUUGUUGAGGAGAGAGUCAGCAGUGUUGUAGAGGAGAGGGUUAAGAAUGCUGUUGAGGAGAGAGUUAAUAGCGCGAUUGAGGAGAAGAUGAAGGUGAAGGAAUCAGAACUUCAGGCGACUUUGGAAAAGUCGAAGGAUGCAUUGAGACAGGAAGGGCAGGCAAGGAUAAAGGUCCAACUCAACAUGCUUGAGAAGAAGAACAAAGUUCUGGAAGAGAAGCUUAAGGCCGCAACCGACGGCUCCGGCGCACCAGCCCCCAGUGGUAUUCCUACGCCUGGCCAACAAAUGCCGCUACCACAAAGCGGACUCAAGCCUCCUGGGAUGUCCGCCAUUCCUCAUCCCAAUCAGCAGCAGCUUCAACAACAGCAGCUCCAGCAGCAGCAACUUCAACAGCAGCAACACCAGCAACAUCAACAAGGUCAGCAAGGCCAGGAUAUGAGUCAGAUCCCCAUCCCACCUACGCAGCGCCGUGAUGCUGUUGGUACUGGACCCGCUGCACUUAGGAGUCUCCGUGGGGCGUUAUCAUCAAACAUCCCCCGUGGUGGUGCUGGUCGUGGGAUUGCACAGGGUGGCCGAGGAGGUUCUCAGGCUGGCUCACCAACCCAGACACACGCGAUCCCCCCUCAGCAGUUCCCGCAGAUGGGCCAGCCACAGAUGGGCCAGCAGCAGAUGGGCCAGCAGCAAAUGGGUCAGCAGCAAAUGGGGGUUCCCCCAGGGCAACAACCUCAGUUUGGCCAACGGAUGAGUCUUCCCACAGGACAGCCGCAAACUCAACUUCCUCGCGGAGGAGGAAUGAUGGGAAGAGGAGGAAUAUUCCGACCUCAGGGACGGGGUGCUGGUGGCCAAGGCCAGAACCAAGGUGCGGGGCUCCAGAUGCAGCAGCAGCAACAGGUACCGAAUAUUCAAACCGGAUUACCCAUGACUGGGCAGCAGGGCUCUCAGCAAAGCCCGGGUCGCAUCAUGAAUCCUGGGGCUAGACAGUUUGUACCAAUUAAGAGGUCAAGAGAUGAUGGGACAGAAGAGGACCCGGCUGCGGGGAAACGAGUCAGGGGCGGUCAUAAUGGUUAA